UUAUUUUUUUUUUUAUUGAAAAAAAUUUUAUUUUAAAGUUUUAAACUAACGGGAUCUCGCAACUCGAUUCUAUCGACUCUGAGUGAUCGAUAUAAUUUAUUUUAUACAUAAUAUUAUUAUUAUAUCAAAAGUAUGCAAAAUAAUAAAGGAGGCUUGUCGUCGUCCUCCUCGUCAUCGUUAGAAGAUUUGGAUCAGCCGAGAGUAGAAAGAUCUAGUUAUCAAAGUCAAGAAGCGAUGCCGAAAAAAGAAGAAAACCCUUUUAGUUUUAAACACUUUCUAAAAAAAGACUCUAAUUACUCCCACGCUGGAGCGAGACCCAAAGUUUACUCCAGCCGAGUGAAUUCUUUAUCAACAAAUCCGGUGACAGCUGACAGCGUAGUGACCGAAACAGACGGUAUUUACGCAAGAAACCCAACGGAACUUCCAGAUUUCGUCCAGGACCACCUGGUGAUCGAGCAGUGCUACUUGAACCACCAGGACGCGGCUUCAGGAACCCAGAUGAUAGCUGACAUCGACAACCUGCCGGACUUUGCGCUGAACAGCGUCGAGUCUCGGCCAUUGCGCCACCGGAAUGAGCAACAUUCGGUGAAGAAGCACGACACUGUUGGCGACCUGCCAUUCGACUUGACUACGGGGAACGACAAGAGGAACCUAGAUGGCUACCGCAAUCUGAACCACGGCUCUCCGGACAGAGAGACUAUCAGAGAGCCGAUGAACUUCCCUCUUGACCUACCCUUCGCGGGACCUUCUUCAGACCAGGGUAAUUCUGUCCAAGUUAAUUCUAAUGAAAGUAUCCACUCUCUGGGCGGCGAUAAUGGGAUUCCCAAGUCGCUCCCGGAUUUUCUCAAUGAUGGACCCAUCAGGAAUCGAGUUCCUCUGCCUGAUAAUACUGGGAAUAAUAUUGAAUCUUCACACCCGCCUCUGCAAAUGGAGAUUGAGAUGCUGAGACAUAAUCUGGAGAUUGCUCGCAGGCAGAAUGGGGAGAAGAACAGGAGGAUCCAGAUGCUGGAGGCUGAACUUGCUUCUAGAAGAGCUGUGGAUUAUGAAGAGACAGCGCAUUUGGAAAAAGCUAUGGAGCAGGUUGAGGAUAAUCUGAAACGGAGCACGAGGAGAGCUGUCAAUGCUGAAAGUGCUGUCACACAAUUAAAACAACAAAUUAAAGAACUAACGGCGGAAAUUUCGGUCCUGAGAAUAGAAAACAGAGAAUUAAAAAAUGCCCUGGGAGCUGGCUGUAGUUCAACCUCCAGAGAAGGUGAUAAAAAAGUUUUAAAACUGGCUGGUGAUCUAAGAGAAGCUGCUUCAUCAGCUGAAUCUUAUCUCAGGCAACUGAUGUCAGGAGUAGACAAUUUAAAAAUAAUAGCUUCAACCCUGGAGAACUUGGAUAGGAUAGAAGAUCGAACCAAAGAUUUACUGCCGGACUUUGACGAAGACAACGCCGCAGGACCGGCAUUAUAAAACCCCAGUCGUAAUUAUUAUCAGUAUAAAUAAUUUUUUGUUUACAUAACUAUUUGUCUACAACUUUAAAUAUUCUAAACAUUUUAUUUAUUAUACAUCAAAUAUAUAUAUAUAUUAUACUUUUGUACAUAAAUAAUAUACUUAAUUAUAAUUUAGAUAUAUAUUUAUACAAUUAAGUAAUAAGAUGCGCGUUCUGUGAACGGUUUUUAGUUUUUAGUUAUAAAUAUAUGUACACAGAUAAUCAA